CGUGAUUUGAGACCCGGAAGUGGUGUAAUAGUUACUCGGUCUGUGUUUAGUUUGUGAGUUUGAAAGCGGACUGUGUGUGUUUUCGCACAAAUGGAAAGUUGACCGCUCGGGAAUGGAAGAUGAGUCUUCCGUGCGUGUGAAUGUCACCGCUCAAAAUAUGCCUGGUUAUACUGGACGAGACGGGGAAUCUGUCCAUGUAUCCAGCGGGACGCGGAGCACUGAUUUCGGCCGGGAUGCCCGACGCAGCGACGCGAAGGUGCCAUCAUCAUUGUCGUUAUCCUCGAAGGAUGUUUUGGAAUUUCAUAAACACAAACACGAGCCAGGAGGCAAUAAUAAAGAAAAUAACGAGAGGGAAAACAUAAGAGCGGUUGACAUUUUAAGGAGGAAUUUUGGUUCCACUAUCAGAGACCCAGAAGAUCCCAAAGACCUGGAGAAAGUAGGAUUUGACGUCAAACUGAACGAUCUGGAUCAUGAAAAGGAUGAUGAAAGGAUGCAAUGUAGCACAAAAAGUCUCCAACAAAACAUGGAGAGCAACUCAGGAUUGGGAGAUCCUGAUGGGAAUCAUCAUAUUGAUUAUAAUAUUGAUUUGAAGAGCGGUGAAGAUCCCAGCCAAUCAAAAGAGCACGUUUACUGCACUGUAUACUGUAUUGCCAAUGAUAAUUAUAGGAUACCUGUUGAGAAAACAACAUCUGAUCAUCGAGCUACAUCUUUACCACCACCACCAUCAUCAUCAUCAUCAUCAGAUGUGCUGGUUAUAUCUUCCAGCGACUUGCCAAAUUCAGAAUUGAACCAUGAUCACUAUCCAGAGCCCUAUACAGUCUCUGACCUGAUGCUGUCUGGAUUAAACAGCUCUUAUAACACUGACAACAGCUUAUCUGUUGUGUUAACCUGUCGUAUUUGUCUUGAUGACAAACAAACCCUACCGCUACACUGUUGCAAAAAUGCAGUUUGUGAAGAAUGUCUGAAAAGAUACAUCAUCUCACAGGUUCACAUUGGUCGGGCACACUUGGUGUGUCCCAUCACAGAGUGCAGUGGUUUCUUGGAGGAAAGUUUGGUGGUUUCGCACCUGUCCAGUGAAGAGCUGGCAAAAUACAAGUACCUCUUAGAGCUGAGCAGACUGGACUUCAGCACAAAACCAUGUCCCCAUUGUAGCCUGUUUACCUCCCUGAAGAGUCACAGCCAACAGACGUCCUCCAAGAGUGAACAUAAGUAUAAGAUUCAGUGCACAAAGUGCCAGUUUGUCUGGUGUUUUAAAUGCCAUGCGCCGUGGCACGAAGGCCUAAAGUGUCGAGACUACAGGAAAGGAGACAAGCUGUUGCGUCACUGGGCCAGCGUUAUCGAACAUGGCCAGAGGAACGCUCAGAAAUGUCCACGCUGCAAGAUCCACAUUCAGAGAACAGAAGGCUGUGAUCACAUGACCUGCACACAGUGCAACACUAACUUCUGUUAUCGCUGUGGGGAGAAGUACAGGCAUCUGCGCUUCUUUGGGGAUCACACCUCCAACCUGAGCGUGUUUGGAUGCAAGUACCGCUACCUGCCUGAGAAACCCCAUCUGCGCCGGCUGGUCCGAGGCUCUGUUUGUAUGAGUAAAGUGCUGGUGGCUCCAGUGGUCAUUGUCCUGGUGGUGAUUGUUGGAGCUCUGGCUUUGGUCAUAGGCCUGUUUGCUUUGCCUAUCUACUACACCUUGUAA